AUAAAAUGUUUCACUCACUUGUAUAUAAUUAAACGCCGAUAUAUUAUUCUAAAAUCUAUGAAUUUAAUAUCGAAUUAGAUAUAUUCGAACAUAGAAGCUUUAAGACCGCAAUUGAAAUCAAGGUCGGUUUAAAAUAGCUACGAAACUAGCUAAUGCCAUCUCUCACUGAAGUAUAAAGUAAAAAUUUGUAGUCAGUUUUCUCAGAAACUGUGAUAGACAUUUUGCUUAAAUAACUAAUUAAACUUUAUGGAAUAACUAAUUUAAGUCUAAUUAAUAAAUAAUUAAUUUUUAAUCGAUGGUCUAGUAAAUAUAUAAUUAGUAGAUCAUUAUUUACUUAGUAAUAUAUAUGCGAUUUCAAGAGCAAAUACCAAGAGAUAAAUCUGUGAUUGUCGAUCCGGAUGAUGACCUAUAGCAAGAGAGAGAAAGAGAUACAGUCAUAUCUACAUCAAUACGCUAACACGCACCGCACUUACGUUCACACUCAAUCAGAAGCUGCCAUCGAGACUUAUAUCUGUACUACAGAACUAUACGCCACCUUUCAUUCUAUUGAUCUUAUGGAUUUAAAAUGAUAAGCCAAUAAUACGAUAUUUCUUUUUUCUUUGUUUCUAUAGCCGUUAAAAUAAUGAAUGUUCAUAUAUAAAAGAUAAAAACUUACUCUUAAUUACUUUGUUUUGUGUAAAUGAAAAUUUUUACGUUAAAAUUCUUUUAGAUUACUUGAAUUAUCAAAACAAAAAAUGGAUCAUCUUAAACGACCAUUAGCUGUUAGUCAAUCACCUGAAGAUGAAUAUAAUCAAUCAAUAACUUGUAUUGAAGAUUUAUCAAAUGAAUUUUUCUAUGAAGUAUUUGACUAUCUCGGUGGUUAUGCAAUCUACAAAGCUUUUGCAAAUCUGAAUANUGCAAAUCUGAAUAUUCGUUUUCAAGAACUUCUCAAUUCUUCUUCUCUUUUGUUUAAAAUUGAACUUCAUAAUCCAACACAUGAUGAAUUAUUUAUGAAUAAUUAUAGAUCAUUUCUUUGUUUAAAUAAACACAAAAUAUUAUCAAUCAAGUUAUGGUUACGACUAGACAAUGAUAAUUUUUUUUCGUUGUUUAUAAUAAACUCAUCAUUAAGUCGUGUAAAAUCAAUAUUUGUUGAAGGAAUUUCAACAAAUACACUUAUUACACUUCUUAUUAAUUUAGCUUGUUUGCCUCAAACUUUCUCUUUAAAAUUAGUUGAAUGGAGUAGUUCAGAUAAAUCAAAUGAAAUUUAUCGAUUAAUAUUUGCCUUACCAAAAUUAAAGUCGAUUAAACUCACUCUUGAUGAAGACGAUAUUUCAAUAACACUUCCAAUUGCUACUAAUAAAAAAUCUACUACUAUCGAAUACCUUAUUAUCGAUCACUCUUGUACUUUGAACGAAUUAUUUAUUAUUCUUUCAUAUACACCUGAAUUGUGUUGUCUAAAACUUUCGUUUUUGAACCAGAUCGCUACAAUAAUUCAUACAAUAUUACCAAUCACGCUAUCAAAUUUAACACAUCUGUUUUUGUGCAUUACUAUUCAAUCUGAAGAUAUAGAAUUUCUUAAUGCUCAUCGUUGGGAAGAAUUGAUUGUCAAAUUGUUACCUGAGUUAGAAAAAUUUUAUUUACAUUACCAUGAAGGUGUAGAUAGUGAAUCUGAAUUUUCUGUUUAUCCUGGAGGUCCUAAUCAAUUUAUUUCAUCAUUUUGGAUCGAACAUAAAUGGAUAUUUGAAGUUGAAAUCAUUACUAAAUCUAUUUAUUAUUCAGUUCGUCCAUACAAAAAAAGAUGGUUUGAUUAUAAAAAUAACAAGCUCUUCGAUUCAGUUGAAUUAUCAAAAUCCAGUCAAUUAAUUAUUAAAAAUACAAAUACUGAUGAACAAUUAAGAUUAAACAUAUUACGUGUUCUUAAUGUAGUACAAAUAUAUCACUUGGAAAUUUCAGAAACAGUUUCUUCGGACUUGUUAAUGAUACUUUUGAAUUUAUUACCACAACUUAAUACAUUAAAUUUGUAUUUUUUAUCAUUAAAAGAAUCAAAAAUGUCACAUCUUGAUAAAUCUUCGAUUAAAAGUUCAAUAAAAGAUUCAUAUAAAAUUACAAAAUUAUAUUUAAAAAAAAUGAUCGACCUCGAACAACUAAAUUUUUUUAUGAAUAUUUGUCGUCAUUUGGAAUAUAUUCAAGUCGAUUAUCUAGAUCAAUUGAAUUUUAAAUAUGUAUUACAACAUAUUGCGGUGAUAAUUAAUCAAGUUUCUGAUAAUCGUCUUCACUCAUUAUGCAUUUAUGCUCCAGCAGCAGACGAUAAAAUGAUCAAAAUGUGGGAUAAAUGUAUUCGUGAACAAAAGUUAUUCUUGGACUAUACUAUUUAUCGUGUACUUAAUUAUAUAUAUAUAAAAUGGAACUAA